AUGGACGUGGUAGAUGCAGACGUGGUAGAUGCAGACGUGGUAGAUGUGGACGUGGUAGAUGUGGACGUGUUAGUUGCAGACGUGGUAGAUGUGGACGUGAUAGAUGCAGACGUGGAAGAUGCAGACGUGGUAGAUGCAGACGUGGUAAAUGUGGACGUGGUAGAUGUAGACGUGGUAGAUGUUGACGUGGUAGAUGUGGACGUGGUAGAUGCAGACGUGGUAGAUGUUGACGUGGUAGAUGUGGACGUGGUAGAUGCAGACGUGGUAGAUGUGGACGUGGUAAAUGUGGACGUGGUAGAUGCAGACGUGGUAGAUGUGGACGUGGUAGAUGUGGACGUGGUAGAUGCAGACGUGGUAGAUGCAGACGUGGUAGAUGUGGACGUGGUAGAUGCAGACGUGGUAGAUGCAGACGUGGUAGAUGUGGACGUGGCAGAUGCAGACGUGGUAGAUGCAGACGUGGUAGAUGUGGACGUGGUAGAUGCAGACGUGGUAGAUGCAGACGUGGUAGAUGUGGACGUGGUAGAUGUAGACACGGUAGAUGUGGACGUGGUAGAUGUGGACGUGGUAGAUGCGGAAAGGGUAGAUAUUGACGUGGUAGAUGUAGAUGUGGACAGGGUAGAUGUGGAAGUGGGAGAUCUAGACGUGGUAGAUGUAGACGUGGUAGAUAUAGGCAUGGUAGAUGUAGGUAUGACAAACUUAGAUGUGUUAGAUGUGGACAGGGUAGAUGUAGACGUUAUAGAUGUGGAUGUGGUAGAUGUAGAGUUGGACGUGGUAGAUGUAGACGUAGUAGAUGUGGAAAGGGUAGAUGUGGACGUUGUAGGUAUGUUAGAUGUGGACGUGGUAUAUGUAUACAUUGUAGAUGUAGACGUGGUAGAUGUGUUAGAUUGA